AUGAAGGAUGUUAAAGAAAGGGGAAACCAAUCAGUUGUCACUGAAUUCAUCUUCCUGGGGUUUUCCAACCACCCAGAACUGCAGGGAUUGUUCUUCCUGAUAUUUUUGGUUGUAUAUCUGGUAACUCUUCUGGGGAACCUCCUCAUAUUAACAGCCAUCAGAAUCAACCCUGUUCUUCAUACUCCUAUGUAUUAUUUCCUCAGCAACUUGUCCUUCCUGGACAUGUGCUACACCUCCACCACUGUCCCCAUCAUGCUGGUGAACUUUUUCAGAGAGAAGAAGACCAUUUCCUAUGAAGGCUGCCUGUCCCAGAUCUUCUUCCUUGUAACUUUUUCAGGUUCUGAGUGUGUCUUGUUGGCUGCUAUGGCUUAUGACAGAUUUAUAGCCAUUUGCUACCCAUUACAUUACCCAGUUCUCAUGAGCAAGAGGGUCUGUGCCUACUUAGCAGGUGGGUUCUGGUUGUGUGGGUUAGUGAAUUCUCUGACACACACAGGGCUCAUGGUAACUCUCACUUUGUGUGGUCCUAACCAGAUCAGCCAUUUUCUCUGUGAUAUCCCCCUACUCCUAAAACUCUCCUGCUCAGAUACUUCAGCCAAUGAGGUUGCACUCUAUGUAUCCAGUGCCACCAUUGGUCUGAGCCCCUGCCUUUUCACUGCUGUAUCCUAUAUGCUCAUUAUCUCUGCCAUUUUGAAAAUCCAGUCUGCUCAAGGGAGAAAAAAAGUCUUCUCCACCUGUGCCUCUCACCUCACUGUGGUGGUUAUCUAUUAUGGAACUGGAAACUUCAACUAUGAUCAACCCAGCUCAGGCUACUCUCUAGAUGUGGACAUCCUGGUCUCUGUCCUCUUCUGUAUUGUUACCCCCAUGUUAAAUCCUAUCAUCUAUAGCCUGAGAAACAAGGAAGUCAAAGUUGCCUUGAGGAAACUAUAUGAAGGGUAUAUUUUACCUAGUGAUUCCAGUGUUCAAAUAAGUUCUUAA